AUGGCGGUGGAAUACAAUGGCACGACCGGCACGGCCGACGCCGGCUACUCGUCGAGGGUCAGCAACCUCAAUAUCUUUUACGACACCGGCCACAUGGCCUUCAUCACCCUCUCCGCCGUCCUGGUGCUGCUCAUGAUCCCCGGCGUCGGUUUCUUCUACAGCGGCCUCGCACGCCGCAAGUCGGCGCUGCAGCUCGUCCUGCUGUCAAUGCUCUCCGUCGCCGUCGUCGGCUUCCAGUGGUUCUUCUGGGGCUACUCGCUCGCCUUUUCCCGCACCGGCAACGCCUUUCUCGGAGACCUCUCGCAGUUUGGCCUCAUGAAGACGAUUGGGCAGCCCAACGGGUCCAGCGCCAUGCCCGACAUUCUCUUCUGCCUGUACCAGGGCAUGUUCGCCUCCAUUACUCCCGCCCUGGCCAUCGGCGCCGUUGCUGACCGCGGCCGCAUGCUGCCGGCCAUUGUCUUCAUCUUUGUGUGGUCGACCAUCGUCUACGACCCCAUUGCCUACUGGACGUGGAACGCCAACGGCUGGCUCUCCAAGCUGCCCAGCUACGACUUUGCCGGCGGCGGCCCCGUGCACAUCGCCUCGGGCUCCUGCGCCCUCGCCUACAGCCUGAUGCUCGGCAAGCGCACCGGCUACUCGGGCACGGGCGGCCUACCGUAUCGCCCGCACAGCGUCACCAACGUCGUCCUCGGCACCGUCUUCCUCUGGGUCGGCUGGUUCGGCUUCAACGGCGGGUCCGCCCUCAGCAUCAACAUCCGCGCCAUCAUGGCCUGCUACGUCACCAACCUCGCCGCCGCCUGCGCCGGCAUCACUUGGGUCCUGCUCGACUACCGCCUCGAGCGCAAGUGGAGCACCAUUGGAUUCUGCUCCGGCGCCAUCUCGGGCCUCGUCGCCAUUACCCCCGCCGCCGGCUUCGUCGCCCCUUGGGCUGCCCUCGUCAUUGGCGUCUGCGGUGGGCUGUGCUGCAACUUUGCCACCAAGCUCAAGUUCCUCACCGGCGUUGACGACGCGCUUGACAUCUUUGCUGUCCACGGCAUCGGCGGCAUGGUUGGCAACAUCCUGACGGGCAUAUUUGGGGCCUCCUACAUUGCCGGCCUCGACGGCAACACCUACCCGCCCAUCGGCUGGGUCGACCGCCACUGGGUCCAGCUCGGCAACCAGCUCGCCGGCGUCCUCGCCGCCUUCACCUGGUCCUUCGUCAUGACCUGUCUCAUCCUCUUCCUCAUGAACCUCGUCCCCGGCCUGUCACUGCGCGUCUCCGCCGACGACGAGGACGUCGGCAUCGACGACUGCCAGCUCGGCGAGUUCGCCUACGACUACGUCGAGCUGACGCGCCACGUCGCCGACACGACAACCACCGUCUCCGAGCGGCACGCUUCCUCCGACGCCUCCACCGCCGCCAACGAAAAGGCCCUUCCCCCAAUCAUCUCCGCCGCUUGA